AUGAAAGGAUUGAUUGCACAAUUGAUUUUAGAGUUGGUGGCGGACGUGCUGUAUUGCGGUCUCGUCAGCGACCCAAGAUCGAAGUCCGUGGUCUCGUUGGCCCUUAUCGCUUCCGUUCCUCGCUCCAUUUACGAGGAAAUGGCAUUGCAAUGUUGGCGCGGGAUACCGGCAGUUGCCCGCUUGUUGAAUCGUACGCAGCAGCGUCGUAGGCGGCGGACGCUUAGCGGCUCGUGGUUCAAUAUUGGAGCAAGUGACUCCAGCUCAUAUGCCCUCGACCAGACAACCUUGAAAGAGGGCUGCGCCAGUCUGCAGGCCACGACACUGCCGCCCCGGCCCGCCCGUAUCACCGCCGACUACGCAUAA